AUGCCGGGUCACUUUAUGUACCGGUAUUACGUUACACCAAACUUUGGUGGUACCAAGUCGGAAAGUACCACUACUUUGCAGAGCAGUCAUAGGGAUGAAACUACUUUUUGUGAGUUUAAACUUUAUUUUUGUGUAGAACAGAGAUAUUACAGUCAAUAUUACGGGUUUUGGGUAGUAAAUGUACUUAUUUUAUAGUCGUACGAUGCUGUCUGUAAUAACAGUUUACUAUAACAUACUCAUGACUUUUUUGUUUAACAGCUCACUAUAUAUUGUUCAAAUAACUCUGUGCCCUUCUUAAAAAAAAUUUCCAAAAUUAGGGAGCACAGAAUUAUUUGAAAAUCGUAAUAUAGCAAUAGUAAAGUUAUGAGUAUAUUAUGAUAGUAAACUAAUAGGUUGUUCAAAUAAUUCUGUGCUUUCUAACCUUAAAAAUUUUUGAAAGGAGGCACAUAAUUAUUUGAACAAUAUAAUAAAUUAUCAUACAUACAUAACUUAUAAUAGUGAUCAAUUUAGAUUGGAUGAUACCAUGCUUUGGAGCCCUAUGUAUCGGCUUCAGCUUGGUUGGUGUAUUCACAGUGGCAGUAAUGUUACCAGCUGCAUUGUUUCGGUUGCAUAAAACUCAUGAAUACGUUAAUAUUCAUGCUAACCAUUUUAAGGUAGGCUUUUAAAAAUACAUUACUUAUUAGGUUGUUCACCUAAUUCUGAGCCCCUUUUUAAAGCAAAUUAGGAGGUGUGGAGAGUUGGGAAGAACAGAUUAUUUGGACAACAAGCUAAAAACGAAACAAUUUUGAAAAAUAGGUCGAAUUCAAGAGAAAAAACUGUAAUUUGACAGUAUUAGCUUUAAAUAUGAUGUUUUAGCACCAGACCAACAAUUUAUGGUUUGAGCUCGGCCGAGUUCAAAAACAAUGGCGUUUACGAAGAGAUCACGUCUACACAAACCAAACUGAACGUAGGUUAACAAACGGGUAAUAAAAAUUGAUAAAAGGCUUAAAAUUUCAAAAAUAUUUUUAAAAAUUUGACUUUUUUAAAAUUUUUCUUUAAAUUUUUGCUAGGACUUUGGCUAGGACUAGACAAAGUUUUCAAAGCUUUUUUUUUAAACUUAAAACUCUAGCUUCUAUAUAUGUUGACAACGAAUUUUUGAAGUUACAGUACCAGCACUCCCAGUAUUACCAGUACCACAAGGUUUCAUCCCUUUUCCGUUUCACAAAAUUGAAAUUCGAAGACGUCCACAACCAUCAGAUCGCUUCGUACCUAAUGAUUCAAACUUUGAUUUCGAUGACAAUCUAGAAGAUACGACCAUACCUGAGAAAACGUAUUUUACUACACAAAAUGAGUACUGUAAGUCAAUUUUUAAACUGUAAAAUAUUGUAAUUUUAGCCGAAAGAACCACAGUAUCCCAAAAGCAAAUAUUUCGAGUGACCGUCAAGCCUAGACCUCGCCCAGUACCACCCUUAUCAAUGAAUUCAUUGACCAGUGACAAAGCCAGGCAAACCUUUGACUAUUAUCACCAACAUCUUAACAAUCCACCAGCCACCCCACCACCGCCAAUCUUCUAUCCUCCCCCACCGCCCAUGCCCACUUAUACCAAGAGUUCUGGCUAUGUCACACAAUGUAUCGGACCACCAGGACCACCUGGAGCGGAUGCAGAAGACGGUCCGGACGGCGCUACAGGUCCUAAUGGAGCUCCUGGUGCCGAUGCUAUAUUUGAAAGACUACCAGCACCAUGUCAAAUAUGCCCUCAAGGCGCGCGUGGUCCUAUUGGCGCUCCAGGACCAGCCGGAUCAACUGGUUAUGGUGGUUCACCUGGUUACCCCGGCUCGACAGGUGAACCAGGAGCACAGCCUGAUUGUCCAGGUCCUCAAGGAUACCCGGGAUUUCCAGGUCCAAAAGGGAUACCGGGAGAACAAGGUGCACCAGGUGUGGACUGGGUCAGUGGUAUUGGAGCACCUGGAGGUAUGGGAAGUGUUGGCAGUGUGGGACCACAAGGACCUCCUGGACUGCCUGGAAAAUCGGCUUUGUUGUUUGGUGUACCAGGACCAGCGGGUGAUCCCGGUGGAGAUGGUUGGAUUGGAGCUGAUGGUCUGGCUGGCCCACCCGGACCCCCAGGCGAGCCUGGCAUUGAUAAAGGGUAAGAGGCCUAUGUUGAAUUUGGCAUUGUUACCUAAAAAUUAAAUUUAAACGUUAGAUUACGUUUCAAAAAAUAAAUUUAAACUUUAGAACGUUUUUCAAUGCCUUAUCUAUUAAUUUAUGUUCUAUACAACCUCUUUUAUAGGUAUUGUCCAUGCCCAUUCCGCAACGAAAGCCCUUAUGUUCAACCUCGGCAAAGUAACUAUGGCCGUGGAAGAAAAAGCUUAAAAUCAUAA